AGAAUUGUGUGUCUGGUGUUUUUUUUUUUUUGUAUUUAAAUAACAUGCCCGAACUUCUUUGACAUCAUGGAGCUACUGGACUGAAUGGACUAACUGGACUUCCUGGACUUCUUAAACAAACUUGACUAUAUAACUCGGACUGACUGGACUUCGUACACGGACUUGACUUUGCGUAUUUACUUGGACAUCUGGGACUGAGGCAUGACUUCUGGUAAGUUCGAGCUCACACAGGAUCCAUUAACCAAUAAGAGGAUAUUGCUACUUAAAUCCCCGGGUUGCAGCAGCUUGAAUCAAAUAGUAAAUAUCAAUACCACAGUACGCCAGUCAAAAAGAAACAAACAGCAGCAGCAACAGCAGAAACAACAUCAGCAGCAGCAAGAACAGCGGCAGCAGCAGCAGUAACAGCUUAAAUCAUAAACCAUCAACAACAGAAUCAUGAGCAGCAGCAAAUACAGCAAACCAGAUACUCAAAUAUAAAAGCCGCCAAUGGGAAGCUCAACAGCGCCAAGUACAACCAAACCAAAAUUUCCGUUUUCAUAGACAAUAACAAGAGGAGAAUGCAUCAAAAUGACAAAAACAACGACAAGAAUAGCCACGCCAACACAAAAAUAAUCAGCAGCGUCACCAGUAAAAUGACCUGCACCUAAAUUCUAAUUGACCAGGUCCCACCACUGCGGCAGAAACAAGAAACUAGGAAGGCUUAAACAACACCCCAUGAAGAAAGUCAAUUUUAAGCACUUACGUUUGAAUGAAUGCUAUAAAAUCGCCCCUAACUAACUUUAAAGGAACAUUCAAUUCAAUAUUAACACAUUUGCACACAUUAUAUACAAAAGUGUAUUUAAUUAUACUACUUACAUUUUAUAAUAAACUUUUGUUAUAAAUAAGACAUUUCGAGACACGCUGAAGAAUUCAGAGAUUUUAGAAAGUUUUGUCAAAGGUUACAAGAAUUUCCAUAUCACAUUUCUAUUAAAUUUUUUAAUAAAACUAUAACUUUAAGCCAGACGCUAGCAAGCAGACAAGAAUUACAAGAAUUGCACAUAUCGACAAAAAAUUACAAUACAAAA